UUCCCUCCGCCCGAAGGUUCCCGGGUCUCCGGCGCCGCCUACUCUCUUCCCGGCUCUGGGCUCCCGCUACAGCCGCUGUCCGAGGAAAGGGAAGACUGGGGGGAGGGUGGGGGGGUGGUUGAGCAGAAGAGAGAGGAGGGAAAAGACCCCUGCUCGGCCAGUCGCUGUGUACCUGGAGGCAGAAGGGAAAAGAAGAGGAGGAGGAGAAAGGAGUGGGGGGAAGGAGGAGCGGCCCGGCCUGGAACCCUGAGGCCCGGGGAGAGGCGGGGAGCUGGGCCAGGGAAAGAGCCGGGUGAGCUGGGCCAAAGCACUGAGCAGCAGUCAGGCAAACACUGUAGGAUCUAGGAGGAAAAUGAAAGACAGAGCCGCACCCUGUCCGGUUGGAUUCCAGUGAGGUUCAAUUCUGUCCUAACUAAGGUGCCUCUUAUCCAGAUGCUGCUGCUGCUGCUACUGCAUUUCCUUCUUCCCUUGGGUUCUGAUGGGGCCCAGAACUCCAACACAACCUCAGAAGGCUGCCAAAUCAUACACCCACCAUGGGAAGGGGGGAUCCGCUACAGGGGCCUGACCCGGGAUCAGGUUCGGGCAAUCAACUUCCUGCCCGUUGACUAUGAGAUUGAGUAUGUGUGCCGGGGGGAUCGUGAGGUUGUGGGUCCCAAAGUUCGAAAGUGUCUCUCCAAUGGUUCUUGGACAGAUAUGGACAUGCCAAGUCGGUGUGUACGUGCCUGUUCCAAGUCUUAUCUGACACUGGAUAAUGGAACAGCUUUCCUCAGGGGAGGGAACCGUCCAGCACUAGAUGGUGCUUGGGUGGAUUUUCGAUGUGACCCUGGUUUCCAUCUAGUGGGCAGUUCCCGAAGCAUCUGUGCCAGGGGACAGUGGGACACCCCGAAGCCCUCCUGCCAGGUGAAGAGAACCAUAUACACAGCCCCCUCCUCAGGCCGGCGCUCCGUCUAUAUCGGGGCGCUGUUCCCUAUGAGCGGGGGCUGGCCUGGGGGCCAGGCCUGCCAGCCGGCGGUGGAGAUGGCGCUGGAGGACGUGAACAGCCGCAGGGACAUCCUUCCCGACUACGAGCUCAAGCUUAUCCACCACGACAGCAAGUGUGAUCCUGGACAAGCCACCAAGUACCUGUAUGAGCUACUUUACAACGAUCCCAUCAAAAUCAUCCUCUUGCCAGGCUGCAGCUCUGUCUCUACUCUUGUAGCAGAAGCUGCCAGGAUGUGGAACCUCAUUGUGCUUUCUUAUGGUUCAAGCUCACCAGCCCUAUCAAACCGGCAGCGUUUUCCUACUUUCUUUCGAACUCAUCCAUCAGCCACACUCCAUAAUCCUACCCGGGUGAAACUCUUUGAAAAAUGGGGCUGGAAGAAGAUUGCCACCAUUCAGCAGACUACUGAAGUUUUCACUUCGACAUUGGAUGAUCUAGAGGAACGAGUGAAGGAAGCAGGAAUUGAGAUCACUUUCCGCCAGAGCUUCUUUUCUGAUCCAGCAGUACCAGUCAAGAACCUUAAGCGCCAGGAUGCCCGCAUCAUCGUGGGACUUUUCUAUGAAACUGAAGCUCGUAAAGUUUUCUGUGAGGUUUACAAGGAGCGUCUCUUUGGGAAGAAAUAUGUCUGGUUCCUCAUUGGCUGGUAUGCUGAUAACUGGUUCAGAACCCCAGACCCAGCUAUCAACUGCACUGAGCAGGAGAUGGCAGAAGCAGUAGAGGGACAUGUCACUACUGAAAUCGUUAUGCUAAAUCCCGAGAACACUCGUGGUAUCUCUAACAUGACAUCCCAGGAGUUUGUACAAAAACUGACCCAACGGUUGGGGAGCAAGAAAGCUGAGGAGACUGGUGGUUUUCAGGAGGCACCACUGGCCUAUGAUGCUAUCUGGGCUUUGGCUUUAGCAUUGAACAAGACAUCAGGGGGCAGUGGUAUCCAUUCGAGUGGUGGGGUGCGACUGGAGGACUUCAACUAUAACAACCAAACUAUUACCGAUCAGAUCUACCGGGCAAUGAACUCUUCAUCCUUUGAAGGAGUUUCUGGCCAUGUGGUAUUUGAUGCUAGUGGUUCUAGGAUGGCACGGACUCUCAUUGAACAGCUGCAGGGUGGAAAAUAUAUGCAGAUUGGCUACUAUGACAGCACCAAGGAUGACCUGCACUGGCUGGGUGCUGACAAAUGGAUCGGAGGAAAUCCCCCAGCUGACCAAACCUUGGUCAUCCAGACAUUCCGCUUUCUAUCUCAGAAGCUCUUUAUCUCCGUCUCAGUACUAUCCAGUUUGGGCAUUGUGCUGGCCAUCGUUUGUUUGUCCUUUAACAUCUACAACUCUCAUGUUCGGUAUAUCCAGAAUUCACAACCAAACUUGAACAAUUUGACUGCUGUUGGUUGUGGCUUGGCACUAGCUGCUGUCUUCCCACUUGGACUGGAUGGCCACCACAUUAGGCCAGGCCACUUCCCCUUUGUUUGUCAGGCCCGACUCUGGCUUUUAGGCCUGGGCUUCAGUCUGGGCUAUGGCUCCAUGUUCACUAAGAUUUGGUGGGUCCACACAGUAUUCACAAAAAAGGAAGAGAAAAAGGAAAGACGGAAGACACUAGAGUCCUGGAAACUUUAUGCUACCGUGGGGCUGCUGGUGGGACUGGAUGUUUUUACAUUGGCUGUUUGGCAGAUUGUGGAUCCCUUACAUCGAACAAUUGAGUCUUUCACCAAGGAGGAACCAAAACAAGAUAUUGAUAUCUCCAUUCUACCCCAGCUGGAGCACUGCAGCUCCAAGAAGAUGAAUACUUGGCUCGGUAUCUUCUAUGGGUAUAAGGGACUGUUGCUGCUUCUUGGGAUUUUCCUUGCCUAUGAGACCAAGAGUGUCUCCACUGAGAAAAUCAAUGACCACCGUGCUGUUGGAAUGGCAAUCUACAAUGUGGCGGUCCUAUGUCUCAUCACUGCCCCAGUCACUAUGAUCCUAUCCAGUCAACAGGAUGCUGCUUUUGCCUUUGCUUCUCUUGCCAUUGUAUUUUCCUCCUACAUUACACUAGUUGUGCUUUUUGUGCCCAAGAUGCGGAGGCUGAUCACCAGGGGAGAGUGGCAAUCUGAAGCCCAAGACACUAUGAAAACAGGUUCAUCUACUAAUAACAAUGAGGAAGAGAAAUCACGACUCCUAGAGAAAGAAAAUCGGGAGUUAGAAAAGAUCAUUGCUGAGAAAGAGGAACGUGUCUCUGAACUUCGCCACCAACUCCAGUCUCGGCAGCAGCUCCGUUCACGACGUCAUCCUCCAACACCCCCAGACCCUUCAGGGGGUCUUCCUUGUGGUACUUCUGAGCCACCUGACCGGCUCAGCUGUGAUGGGAGCCGGGUCCAUUUGCUCUAUAAGUGAGGGAGUGGGAGUGAGGGGAAGGAAAGUAAAUAAGAGCUUUUAUUGGGAGGGGGAGAGCAGGGGAAGGGAAGCAGGUGGGGUGAAAGGAGGGAAGUAGAGAAAAAUUUGGAGAACUUUGGGAAGAAAUAGGGAGAAGCCCUCAUUUCCAGGGGACAGGAAUUUUUUUUUUCCUAAUCCAUCUCUCCUAGGAUGGCUUGGAUUUCUAGUACUUUGGGAAACAAGCCUCUUUCCACUUACCUACGCAUCUUCAUGUCACAGCUUUAUUACCUCAGCUCUAAUUGCUCUUUGUCAUUUCUUGAUGCAUAUGUACAUAAGUGAUAACACUGCCAUGUCUAGUUUUCUUGUGAUUCACAUCUAACUCGCAUCACUUAGCUAAUCUAAUUCAUACUUAUUGUGUCCUCUGGACCUUUCCUCCUACAUUCCAUGUACCUUUUUAUACUCUAUAAACAUGUGCUUUUUCUAGCAUUUUUUUUUCACCAGUGUUGGACCAUUCCUAUGUAUGGUACCUGUGUACUCUCUCAUUCUUUUUUCUGCUUCUUUCACCCAUUUGUUCUUUUUACUUUGCUCACUUCCUCGUUUUUCUUGCCCAGAUUUAUUUGCCCUUUGCCUGUGACUUACUCUUGCUCACCAUUGCAUUCUCAUCUUUCUCUCCACGACAUCUUUGCUCUCAAACAUAUUUGGUUUUAAUUCAAUUCAAGAAAUGUAUUUUAAGAAUUUAAUAUAUACAGGAAAAGAAGAAAAACUACCAAGUCCCUGUUCUUGUGGAGCUUACAGUCUAGUAGAGAUUAGAUAUAUUAAUAAUCAGUUUUAAUACAAGUUAGAGUAUUAUAAACAUACAAGAAAGGUCAGAGUAACAUGAGCAAUUAAAAGAAAAUUUGUAGUUAGAGAUGUCCAGCAAUCAGAGAAAUAUUUGGGAGCUGACCUUGAAACCAAGAGACUUGGUUUAAAGUCCUGUCUCUGACAUGUACAUGCUAUAUGACACUGGGUGAAUAAUUUAAGCUCUCAGUGCUCUCAUCAACCCUCUAAGACCAUAAGUUGCAGAGAAGGUGCCAAUCUGUAAUGAUAGAGUUUCCUCACUUUAGAGUUCCCUCUACCAAUAAAAUCACAGAUUCAGUCCUUAUCCCUUUGUUUAGCAUGUGUGCUCUUGUAUAUGCUUAUGGUUAUGUGUGUUUUUACAUAUACUCCUUACAUAUACAUAUAGCAAGUGCUAUAACCAGCGCUUUCCCUAAAAAUGCUCAGUUACCUUUGUCUUCUUUGCACUUUUAUAGCCACAUGUUCAAUAUAAACCCAUGCCCUUUCUACACAUUCCUUGCCAUGUUGAUGGAUUUCCUCUCCUAUGCUCACUUGCUUCCUCUUCUCCAUAUCUGUACUCAUUCUAUAAUCACAAUUUUUCUCCCCUCACAUAAUACUCUUUUUUCUAUAGUCACAACUACUUAGCACUCUAUCCAUAUUCAUAUUUCUUCCCUUCUGACACAAAUCCCUUAGGUUUGGGGAAGAAUUGAGAAUUGAGGCAAAGGGGGGAUACAAUUGAACUACUUCUAGUGGCUAGUUGG